AUGUCUACGCUUCGGGGCACGCCCGCAUUCACGUCGGGAACAACGUCUCGACCGCCAUCCACAAUUACUGCGGGCGUGAACGGCAACGCCUGUCUCGCGGCCCUGCGGACCACCGACCCCAGACACAACAAGGCACGGAUCGAGGGGGACAAAGGCGGCUUGCUGGACGAUGUUUACCAAUGGGUCCUCGGCAACCACGAACUCCUCCAGUGGCGGCAGGGCGACCAGAACAGGCUGCUAUGGAUCAAAAAGGACCCCGGCAAAGGCAAAACCAUGCUGCUGUGCAGCAUCAUUAACGAGCUGGAAAUAAAAGGUGGCCCCUGUCCUAUUUCUUCUGUCAGGCAACGGACCAGCGGGGAGACAUCUCUCAUGGCGGCGAGGGGGCAUCAAGCGCAUUCGACGGAAGAAGUGGGUGGUGGCAGCGGGGGCCCCAGGCGCAUCGAGGUGGGUGGCGGCGUGGGUGGGAAACGCCCUAUAUGUACAGAGGGGCCUGUUCCUCCCCCCUGCCCCAUGACGCACGGUACUGCUACAAGUGGUGCAUGUGUUCAGUCACGUGCUCACUUUCAGCACGUUGGUGGCUCUGGGACCAGAGAAGUGCCAUGA